AUGUCGCUAGGCUCAAGAAGCGACAAAAUCAACCAAGCGAUAGGCGACUACGUAACAAGACGCUUGCUCCCUGUAUACGAACGCCUAGGUGAAUUUGGUUCAACACAAGCAGAAAUAGAGGCAAUCGAGCUGUCGAUGGUCCGCAAAUCAGACGGAAUGUUCUUGUACGCAAAGCUUGUCGUUGACUAUUUAACCCACAACAUAAUCUACAAUACCGCAGAGAUUAUGACUUCCGUGAACGAGCUGCCUGAAAAGAUUGUCGACUUAUUCUUACAGUCUUCCUCUAGCACGUUGCGAAUCAGUUCCACCGAGGCCGCCCUCGAACACACACAGGUAGUUUCGUCGUGUUUGAUACACAGCAUCAUGUCCCUUCCUGGCACAGAGAGCUACGAGAAAUCUCUAUCGGUAAUUAAGGGUCUUCACGGAUUUCUCAUCUAUGCCACUGAAUACUGGGCGGACUAUCUGCAAGAGUACUUGCUCCAGGUUGAACCGGCGAAACAUGACCCGAGUUUGUUUAACCUAGUGGAGAUCCUAGAAGGACAGCUCGCCAAGUUUCUUUUGCCCGGGACUUCCGCCGAAAUCCAACUCGAACCUGAUUUGGCCCGCCAGGUUCUGUCCCGCUGGCCAAAUGUCCACGCUCAUAUCUCCCAUGAAGAGACAAGGAGGUCCUUCGACCGCACAGAUCCCUCGUUUGAUUCUAGCGAAGUCAUUCUUCAGUCUCAUGCACCUCCACCUACAGGUGGAAUCGAGUCGACCCUCGACUCCUACAAGACAACGAUUCGCAAGCUGCUUGUCGAGCAAUACUUCCCUGGUGUCUCCUCCGAGCAUUUCGAAUCAUUCAAAGCACAAUUUCGCACGACAGCAUUCACGUGCCGCUCGCCAUUAUGCCCAUAUGCUUCCCGAGGCUUUGAUUCGCUGGAAAAGUGUCGGGAACAUGAGGCCUCACACGAUGUCCGCCUGAAGUGUGAGGUUUCAGGCUGUCAGUACCUGGUAUUUACUUCACGGAAGGCAUUGACCAGACAUAUGAACAAGCAUCAUCAAGUCAUGCCGCGAUGCAGGCGGAUGAUGCAGCCUCAACGGCGUGAUCCUACUCCGAAAAACCUCUCUCCAGAUGCUACUCCUGUUAAUGACGAGGUUUUACCAGAUAUGCUGAGUGCCGAGUAUCAGUCGCGGCCCGUUCGCGUCGAAGCGCUUUCCCCAAGUGGACAAGUGACCAAUCCAUCAUCACUACUUCCCGUGUAUGAUCUGCAACCUGAUCUUCCGUAUGAUUUCAGUUAUAUGUCACCUUCGGUGAUUGAUUUACCAGGCUUGAGUACAGACUGGACCGUAGACUGGAGCGAAGGCAUUUACGAAGAUCACACAACGAUUGACUUUGUCGAUGAUGGCAAGACAUGCUCCAACGGCAAUUCCAACUUGACCCCCUCCAAAGCAGUCGACCAGUCCUUGACUGUGCGACUCGAGCCAAUAUUGCAAGCAGCGAGCUGCAGCUGA